CACAUCCGGCGGGUGUGAGCUCCAUGGUUCUGCUUUGUAUGGACAUGGUGGGGGAUUUUUGACAGCUGCAGCGCUGUUGGGAAACAAACAAGGACGUGGUUGGGGUCGGGGUUAUUUUCCCUCCUCGCUCCUCUCUCGAUCUUGCACCGGCCGCUUCUCAACCCAGAGAGAUUUCCAAGGAUAUGGCGGCUUCGGAUUGGGCUGUCUAUUGAAAGUCUGAUGUGUGAGAGUGCUGGCAGCCCGCUCCUCCACCGUGAUGGUCGACAUGGAGAGCCACUACCAUCCGCCUUCACCCCUGGAGGACUCGGUGCUGGGCAGCCCCCUGUGCGCCGAUGACAACUUCAUGAGCAGCAUGGAGGAGCUCCAGGACAUCUCCCAGUCCAUCGACAAUGACGCCCUCCCCGAAUACCAGUCCUCCAGCAAUGGCUCAGAAGGUUCCACUGUUCUAGAUGCCCUGACACCAGCCUCCAGCCCGUCGUCGGUUGUUUACGGGGUGGCAGCAGGCCAGGAGGACUUCUCAUCUUCCUCCUCAUCGCUCAACUUGGAGUGUCGAGUUUGUGCUGACCGCGCCUCGGGCUACCACUAUGGAGUCCACGCCUGCGAGGGCUGCAAGGGGUUUUUUCGGCGGACCAUCCGUCUGAAGCUGGAGUAUGACAAGUGUGAGCGCCGCUGCAAGAUCCAAAAGAAAAAUCGCAACAAGUGCCAAUACUGCCGCUUCCAGAAGUGCCUGUCGGUGGGCAUGUCCCACAACGCCAUCCGUUUUGGUCGGAUGCCCCAGUCAGAGAAGCUAAAGCUGAAGGCGGAGAUGGUAACGGGGGACAGGGAGGUGGAAGACCCCCAGCUAGCUGACCAGAAGACGCUGGCCAGGCAGAUUUAUGAGGCCUACCUCAAGAACUUCAACAUGAACAAGGCCAAGGCUCGAACCAUUCUAACCGGCAAGACCAGCACCCCUCCUUUUGUCAUCCAUGACAUGGAGACCCUCCAGCUGGCAGAGCAGACGCUGGUGUCAAAGAUGGUCGGCUCAGCGGGAGCGCUGAAGGACAGGGAGGCAGAAGUUCGGAUUUUCCACUGCUGCCAGUGCACGUCGGUGGAAACCGUCACCGAGCUCACAGAGUUUGCAAAGUCCGUCCCUGGGUUCUCGAGCCUGGACCUGAACGAUCAGGUGACUCUUUUGAAAUAUGGCGUGUAUGAGGCCCUCUUCGCCAUGCUUGCCUCCAGUAUGAACAAGGACGGGCUUCUUGUAGCGUACGGCUCAGGCUUCAUCACCCGGGAAUUCCUCAAGAGCCUGCGGCGGCCGUUCAGUGAUAUGAUGGAGCCAAAGUUCCAGUUUGCAAUGAAAUUUAACGGGCUGGAGCUGGAUGACAGUGACCUGGCUCUGUUUGUGGCCGCUAUCAUCUGUUGUGGAGACCGACCAGGCCUGGUGAAUGUGGCGCACAUCGAGAGAAUGCAGGAGAGCAUUGUGCAGGUGCUACAGCUCCAUCUGCUGGCCAAUCACCCUGACGACAAUUUCCUCUUCCCCAAGCUGCUGCAGAAACUGGCUGACCUCCGGCAGUUAGUCACUGAGCAUGCACAGCUGGUGCAGGAGAUCAAAAAGACAGAGGACACCUCACUGCACCCACUCCUGCAGGAGAUCUACAGAGACAUGUACUGAGGGUUGUGGAGGAAUAACCAGGAGAGGCACUCUACAAACCAUCUCCAUUUUUUUCAGGCACAGAAGAAAAAGAGUCCUCCAUAAGCUAUGUUGAACCACUUAUAUUCUAAUGCAGCAAGAGUUAGCUUUGGCUUCUGGUCAACACAACAGGUCCUGUUGAUUCUCUUGGUUUGACACAGUGCUCUCCACUCCAUUGUGUGGACCUUCAUAGGCAGAAAAGUCGUGUAUGCAGAGAUGUGAUCUACUAUUGAUUGAGCCCCUAUCUAGAUACCAGUGUAUGCAAUAUCUGACCAAACUGUUGGAUAAAAACACUAAAUGCUAAUUUCAAGUCUUUGAGGUGACCUCCAUGGUUAUCCCUGUCCUGACCCUUAAAAAGCCCUAUAAAAUGAGGAAAGAAAGUGAACUUGAUAGUUGCCACUCCAGCAGUGUGUUUGAAAGUAGAUUUUUGUACUGAUGUCAAAAAGCAAAGAGCCGUAUACCUUCAUAUCUAACAACACCCAAAUUACUUCAGUGGCAACAGCGACAUUAAGACCGUAAUGAUACAGUUUUCAAGCAAGGCAUCUUCUGCCAAAUUGGCUGGUGAUGGUUAUCCAUGCACCAGCCCUCCAGCAUGUUUCUUUACCUUUUUAUAUCCAGAGACACAACUGUGCUGCCACCAGGCUCCUGAACAUAAUCAUUUAUUUGUACUGUAAGUCUUCUAAGCCAUACUUUGUUUGUACUGGAAAUUAUCAAUGUCUUUCAUAUGCUUUUCUCUUCCUAACAAGAUAGCAUCGAGACUUGGUAUGGAUUAUCAUCAUGUAACACUCAACCACAAACUGUACAGGCAAUAGUAUUUUUACACUUCAGAAUAAGGUAGCAAAAAUAGGUUUUUCAAGACUGAAAUGAUCACAGGUACAUAUUCAUUUUGUACAUGCACCACAGAGCACAUCUGAAGUACAAACACACCUGUGAUAUGUUAAUAUGACACUAUUUUAUACUGGGCCUCUGUUAAAUGCCUUUUUCACAAAACACAUGAACAGACGUUUGGCACUCCAUCCUGUUUUGUGUCCUGGUAUUCAAGGGCUAACACCGAGAUAAACCGCAUUACAGCCGUAAUACAGGCAGACUUAAAGCAGAUUUGCUAGAAAUUCAUUCAUUUGUUUCUUAAUUUCUCACUCAGUGAAGCCUUGUUCCUCAAAAUUAUAUCUCAUUAUUUUUUUCUCUCUCAAUUGGUAAUGUUGUGUCUCGCCUUCUCCUGUCAGUCUUUCUGCUUUCUAUUGUAUUUCACCAGCUGUGUUUGGCCCUCAUAACACAUGCAGUUGAUUAAGAUUCAGGGGUCUUAUGUGCACAUAAUUUAUAUGAUGGCAAAUGGCAAUGGCAAACAUUAUUCUUUUUUUUUUUCAUAGAAGAAAAUCAUAAUGAUAUGGCCUCAUAGAUUAAACCAAUACUUCGACAAUUAGAAGUUUUCAUCAUCAGAAACUUGUCACUUUGGGUGACAGAACAAGGUUUCUGUUUUGCUCCUGUAGUUUCUCUAACAUUGCCUGGUUCGCUUUUGACAAACUGUCAAAAUCAAAAGACAAAGGCAAACCUAUCCUUUAGAUGUUUUUGUCCUCUAACUAUGAUGAUAACGGUGCAUGUGAAGAGGCCACUCCUGCAUUUUGUUGUCAUACUGCCUUUUGUAGAAAAUGAACAUGCUACACUGACGACCUACAGUAAGGCAAUGAUAAGGAAAUGAUGAAAGCAUGCAUGGCUGAUGGGUAACAUAUAUGUAAAUCUGUGAGAGAAUGCUUUUCCUCCAUCUGCUUAACCAACCAAAAUCUCCUAAAAUCAUGAUGAAUUUAUUGAAAUUCAGUCACAAGAAAUGGACCUUGUGUUUAUAAUUACAUCACAUUGUAUAAACAGAGUGUACUGUACAUAGCUGAAAUGAUCACACUGACUGCUCGCUCCAACUUUGAACUCAUGAGGUAUACAAGGUACUAAUGAUGAUCAACUUUUGUAUUCCUCCGUUUGGUAAAUACUUUUAAAUGUUUGAAAUUUUACAGUAAAUGUAAUUAUGUACUGUAUGUUCUUGUUGCUUAAAUGCCACAUACUUGUGUUUUAAUUGAAUUGGAUGAUAUUUUUAUACUAAAGUAUAUAUGUAUGACUAAAUCAAAUAUUUGUUUAUUUGAAAUGGCACGACUGAAGAGUGCAGUGUAAAUAGACUUAAGGGUAACAGGGCAACUGGUAAUCUGAAUAUCCAUAGAUCUGAAUCCCGCUGGGGACAUUCCUUUUGUUAAUAGCUAUUUUUAGAUAGAGAACCAUCAAUGCUGCAGAAUGCAUGCAGUUCAAUUCAACUGUAUUUCCUUUAUCUGUUAAAUUAAGCUCUUUUGAUUUAAACUGACAGCACUCGUGGGCUGUGCAGGGCUGUACCAGCUCACAAGUUUGGGCAGUUGAUUAAAACUGCACCGUUUUGAAUACAGUGAAAACUACAUUUAUCAUUUGAAAGCUACAGCUCAGCACUGAUCAUACAAUACUGGUCUCCUCUUUUUAUACUCUGUUCUCAGGUUGCACAUAAAAAAAAAAAUGGGUAAUAUACUGUAUGCACAGAAAUUCAUCAUUAUCAGAAAUCAUCCAUAGUUGCCUACUCUUGUUGAACAAACCAACCUGUAUUUUUUUUUUUUUUUUUUUUUGGCACAUCACAUCUCUGUUGAUUAAAUAGAAAAACUGAAUGCACUCAUAAUAUGCUAUCACAUCACAUGCUUUUACAGUAAAGAAGAUGUGGUUAUGAAAAUGCAGUAUAUGCUGUUUUAUAAUCCUGUUUUUGUCACGCUUUUUGUCUGACUUUUCUCUCCUCACUCGCUGCUAUAUUGUACUAACUCACCAAACAUUUCUUAUGCCAUGAGUAGAUUACUGACCUUCAAGCUGCCUCUACUUACUUAUUAUAUCUCCUGAUAGAAUGUCAACACAGCUCGGUUCUUCCCCUCGCAGAUUCCUGGGACUUGGAGAUCCCAGGUAUGCUUCGGGAUUAACCACAAAUAAUCUGUGCCUUAGUGUGUCCAUGCCAUAAAACACUAGAGAUUCAGAAAAAGACUUGACUUGUGCACACACACACUUUUAGAAUUGUAGUGCUGUUGGUGUUGUCCGCUACAAUUGGCGGUGUGUGACACAAUAGGGCCACGCAGAGGAAGUGAUGUCUCAGAAGAUUUAGGAAACUAUCCUAUGCACAGCAAGACAGAGGCUCAGAAGUGCUUCAUUUUACCAUACAGAACAUUAACAAUGAAAUAUUUGCUUUAAAAAGGACAGACUAAACACAAAAUGGUUGGAACACUAGAGCCAGGCCCCUGAGGAGAAGUCAUGUAAAUUUGUGAUGUCUGCUUACCCUUAGGAAUGUCUGUUUUGUGUUGAAUUGACAAGGGACUUUUUAACUUGUAUCAGGGAAACCUAGUCUUCCUUUGUUGAACUAGCUCAGGACAUAGAAAGAUACUGUUCCUCCCUCUCUCUCUUUUUCUCUGUGGAAUGAGUCUAUAGUGCUCUGCCUUAGAGCACACGAACACCAACAACAAUAUUGAUUAACAGGACCUUUAGUUUUAUUUUCCAAAUCUAACAGAAAAAAAUGUUACCAGGGGGCAGCAGUCAUAGGAAUUAGGUUAUUUGAUUAUUUUUUUUCUUGGAUUUCAUGGAGUUUCUUUUUGUGGCUAUAGUGUCGUGCAAAGAGACAACAGAGACUGUCUUUGAAUGUGUUAAUGUGUACUGUGGCUUGGUAACAAUACUGUAAAUGUUUGAUGAUUGUAUAUCUAGUCAUUUAAACAAUUGAACAAGCUGACAUUGAAUGGAUUUCAAAAUAAAAUGAUUUUAAAAUCCA